AUGCCUCAAUUCUUUUUACCUGUUCCCAAUUAUGGUCAGACAAUCAAUUCAUCCUUUCGGAUACAAUCGAAAAAAGCAAUUAGUGAUUUACUAAUGGCUUAUACACCACAACAAACGACUGUCAAACAACUAGUGCUCGAAAUUGCUACAUCGACAUCGUCGAUUUUGGUUAUGUUAAUUCUUAUCGCACUUAUUUAUGUUUUUAAGUUUAUUAAAUGUAAGCUGCAAAGAAAACUAAAUGACCUUGAAUCGGCUGUAUAUGAUAUAGAACUUGCUUGA